UACAGAGAGAGAGAGAGAGGGACAACGUGAGUGUCUCCUAUCUCACUAGAGCUCAAACUAACGGGAUCUUCUUAUAUCCUCUACAUGCGCAGAGAUUCAAGAAGCAUACAAGUGAAAGUGCGUGUCCAAUACUCAAGGAAAAAGAGAGCCAGCACGAACUGAGAUUGUUUUGUGACUUUUCUGCUUUUGCUGAACUGUUUGACGGAGGUACAGUGACCUGUGUGGGGAUUUUUCCAAUUGCGAUUUUCCUUAAUUGCGAAAGCGUUAUUAUUGUCGGAUCUUCCGUAGUGCUUUAGAUUCUGGAGUUUGCCCAUAUGCUGGAGUCUGAUUUAGACUCGCACUAGUUUGUUAUUUGGCACCGGUUUGAUCGCGGUGUCAUAGCGGCUGUGGAUUGAUCACGCUCAGCCUGUCAACUGAUUUUCCAUCUGCAAACACUGAAAGCAUCUUCUCAUUAGGACACGGCUGUGUUUCAGCACAGGAGAGACUGAGGAAGGCGCGUGAUGAUGUUGAGGGUCUCUGAUGCUUUGGUCACUUUGGUGACUCUCUACUGUGUGGUCAAAGGGACUGUCGGCGGAUACGGCAUGAGCAUGUUCGCCGCUCAGACCUCCCCACCGGAUCCAUGCUACGACGAGAACGGUCACCCCAGAAGAUGCAUCCCCGAUUUCGUGAACGCGGCGUUCGGGAAGGAAGUGCGCGCGUCCAGCACCUGCGGCAAAACACCGAGUCGCUACUGUGUGGUGACUGAGAAAGGGGAUGAACGGCACAGAAACUGCCACACGUGCGACGCGUCGGACCCAAAGAAAUAUCACCCACCUGCUUACCUAACAGACCUGAACAAUCCUCAUAAUCUCACCUGCUGGCAGUCGGACAAUUACAUCCAGUAUCCUCAAAACGUCACUUUAACGUUAUCCCUGGGCAAGAAAUUUGAGGUGACCUACGUGAGUUUGCAGUUCUGCUCACCACGACCUGAGUCCAUGGCUAUCUUUAAAUCAAUGGACUAUGGGAAGUCCUGGGUGCCUUUCCAGUACUACUCGACCCAGUGUAGAAAGAUGUACAACAAGCCCAGCAAAGCCACGAUCACUAAGCAAAACGAGCAAGAGGCCAUCUGCACAGAUUCUCACACCGACAUGCACCCUCUCUCUGGCGGGCUGAUCGCGUUCAGCACCCUGGACGGGCGACCCUCCGCGCACGACUUUGACAAUUCACCCGUACUCCAGGACUGGGUGACUGCCACUGACAUUAAGGUGACUUUCAGCCGCCUGCACACCUUCGGAGACGAAAAUGAGGAUGACUCGGAGCUGGCCAGAGAUUCGUAUUUUUACGCCGUGUCAGACCUGCAGGUCGGAGGCAGAUGUAAGUGUAAUGGACACGCGUCACGGUGCGUCAAAGACCGGGAUGGAAACCUAGUGUGCGAGUGCAAGCACAAUACAGCCGGACCAGAGUGUGACAGAUGCAAACCUUUUCACUAUGACCGACCCUGGCAGCGCGCAACCGCCAGAGAAGCCAACGAAUGUGUCGCUUGCAAUUGUAACCUCCAUGCGAGGCGCUGUCGUUUCAACAUGGAGCUUUACAAACUCUCCGGGAGGAAAAGCGGAGGAGUCUGCCUGAACUGCCGCCACAAUACGGCAGGUCGCCACUGCCACUACUGCAAGGAGGGCUACUACAGAGACAUGUCUAAGCCCAUCUCUCACAGAAAGGCCUGCAAAGCCUGUGAUUGCCAUCCUGUGGGGGCCGCGGGCAAAACCUGUAACCAAACCACAGGCCAAUGCCCCUGUAAAGACGGUGUGACGGGUAUCACAUGCAACCGUUGUGCUAAAGGCUACCAGCAGAGCCGAUCACCCAUUGCCCCAUGCAUAAAAAUUCCCAUUGCUCCACCAACCACCACUGCAAGCAGCACAGAGGAACCUUCAGACUGUGAAUCUUACUGCAAGGCUUCCAAGGGCAAGCUGAAGAUCAAUAUGAAGAAGUACUGCAAGAAAGAUUACGCUGUUCAGGUCCACAUCCUAAAGGCAGACAAAGCUGGCGAAUGGUGGAAGUUCACCGUCAACAUAAUCUCCGUCUACAAACAGGGUGAAAGCCGAAUCCGCAGGGGAGAUCAGUUUUUGUGGGUCAGAGCGAAGGACGUGGCUUGCAAGUGCCCGAAGAUCAAGCCCGGCAAAAAGUACCUGCUGCUGGGCAACGACGAGGAUUCCCCUGGACAAAGCGGAGUGGUGGCAGACAAGGGCAGUCUGGUCAUUCAGUGGAGGGACACUUGGGCUCGAAGACUCCGGAAGUUUCAGCAGCGGGAGAAGAAAGGAAAAUGCAAGAAAGCAUAGUAAGGGGGAAAAGGAAAGGCUAUCAAGAGCUGGACAGAGAAACAACAGACGAGGGGUGGAUGAAAAAAAAAGAUCAUAAGGGAAAGAAAGAGAUGAGAAAAAGAGGGACUAAACAUCGCUGCUUUGAAUAAAGGCAUGAAGAGAAUAUUAACUUUUUUUUUUUUUUUUUUUUUUUUUUUAUAAAAUAGGAACAUGUGUGAAGGAGUUCACGAUGCAGUUUUCAUUUCUUUCUUGUUUCCUUCAAGAUUUGUUUGCUGUUUGCCAAUUUUGCACCUGUGUUCAGCAUAAAGAAAGGUAUUUUAUGUUAAAUGGUUUUCAGAUUCAUUUCGGACGGUUUCAGUCUGGUUGAGAAUCAGAUUAAGCCAUAUUUAAUGUUCUGAAACAUCCUGGGGAUUGAGGAUUGACACAUUAAAAACCUGAGAACCGUUUUUAGAGUAAAAAAUAUUUAAAGGAACAGUCCUUAAGCAUGCCUCUUCAUAACAAAAAUUAAAACAUGUUCAUUAAUGAGCUUUAGCAUUUAAAAAUUCAUACGCUCUAACUUAUGCAUAAUGCAUAAUGGCUUCUGAGAUGCCAACAUUUUGAAAUUUCAAAUUUUCGUUUUCGGUAGGGAUUUUUUUAAUGUGACAGAUAUCAAAACUAACUUUCUUCUUUAGCCAAUUUAAUUUUUUUUUUUCAAGGUCUGAAAAGCAUUUUAAGAAGCAUCACUUUGUAACAACAAGCAUGAAAAACACAAUUUUAUGCAUAUGUUUGUGCAUAUUAUUUUUAAUUAUUCAUUCAAUUAUUGUUGCAGCCGUUUUCCAUUGAAUAGAAAAUGAAAAGGUCUUGUACAGUGUAACAUGUAUAUUUCAAAAAACACUACUAAUUUUUGAAGACUGGUGCUGCUGGGUUUCACCCAGACUUUGUCCCAGCAAAUGCACAACAAAAGGUUUCUGUUCAAUGUAUGUUUCCGAUUGCCUUUUUAUUGUCAGCGGCCCACGGUUUUACUAAUUCAAAGAUAAAAGAAUAAUCUAACAAUUGCUGAAAAUAAGCUUUGUACAUUUAGUGCCCAUUUUCGUCAACAGACACAAAUAUACUACAUUUGGUAGCAUUAUAAUUAUUUUUUUUUUUUUUGUUCAAGUUCAAUUUGUUUACAACGAGAAAAACAAAUCUGUACUCAGAAAAUAAUUUAGGAUCUAUAAAAAUGUAAUAGCAUGCUUGUACAAAUCCUCAAAUUAUUAGCAUGCAUUUACAGUUAUUUUUGAACUUGGAAUAAAACCACCAUGUAUAUUUUUGUAUAAGACAUGAUGAUUGAGAUAGAUGACUCGAAAUACAAACAUCAUUUCUUGCUCCAUUUGAUGCUCUGAUUCAAUUGUUUAUAGUCCAGACAUGGAUGACGACGUUCCUUUUGUUAAAACAGAACUUCAGUGUGACGAGUCCACUGUAUAAACAGGCCUUUUUUGUAAGUCCUGAAAGUGUUGGUAGAACGGUGUGUAUAGUUAGUAUUUUUCCUUGUGUGUAAAACAGUAUUUAGAAGUGUACGAAUUACCUUUAACUAGUAUUCAUUAACUAGUAUUUAGUUUUGUAAAGCAACAGCAUCUCUCCUUAAACAUUUCCAUGUCAUUUAGCGUCUGUGAACGUAGGAAUGCAUGUACAGUAAUGUUUCACUACAAUAGAGAAUUCUCUUCACUGUGAGAAACGCUGCUCAUACACACACACACUUUUAUUCUGUUACUAAUGAGACGGAUGUUCUCUAAAGUACAGCUUUUCCACUGAUCUUUGAGGAUCUUGUAACGUUUGCUUGUGUGAUCAGUCCUUCACAGAUCGUUAAGAAAAUAAACUGCAAGAACUGAUCAGCAUCAAAUACCAAAAGAAAGAAAAAAAAGACGGAUUUGAUGAACGGUUUACGUGUGCAGUAAUUAUCACUCAUUGAUUAUUUCUUGUAAAUGUACACAAUGUAUGACAUACAGAUAUUUAUACAUAUGCUGUAUUUACCGGUUACAAAACAAUAUUCGUAAUACCACAUGUAAAUGUAUUUUGUUUGGCACUCGGUAUCUUAGUGCACACUCUUUUUUUAUUUUAAGUAUUCAAAUGAUGUAAAUUUAUGUUCGGUUUUUACUUUUCACAGCAGUGGAUAGAUGGCUCCUGUAUUUGACAUUACCAGCAGACCUUACAUACAUUGCUUCUUGUUCAUAUUAUGAAUUGUAAAUUUAGCUGUGGCAAAUACAAGACGUCUGCAAUAUUGUUUUACAAUGCAUACUAAUAUAUUAUGGUUAUUAUAAGAAAAUAUUUAAUGACACAAGACAUUGUGGAUUUUUUUUUUAUGUCUUUUUUUUCUCUCUUUCUCCUUUUUUUUUCAUACAGUUUGUGGUUGUUUAGAUGGUUGUGAUUAAAAUCCAGAGGGGAAGAUAACUACUGAACACCAACCUGGUAGAACUACAUUCAGCAUUCAUUUGGAAUAAAAUCUCAAAACAUUA